AAAAAUGACGGUUACCCAAACACGCAGGUAACUCUAUCACCUCACCCCCCUCCCAUCAUCCCCUCGCUUCCCAAGUCUCAGCCCCAAAUUUUUUACUCUCUGACUCUCUCUCUCUCUAGAAACUGUCUCUGACUCUCUCUAGAACAUUUUAUCUCUCCUCCAUGAUCGCCGCCCGCCAUUGGUAAUGUCUCUGACUAGAUCAUUCCUCUCACGGCGGUCCUCCAACUCAUCAAUCCGUUGUUUUUCUCUCUCCUCCAAAUCUCAGAGAGACUUAUCGUCGCCAUCUUCUCGGCUUCCCACCACCUCCUCUCUCACCGCCUGUGAUUCCGGAAACCGCCGUAACUCUGAUGAUUUCGACGGCGGUAGAUGGUCGACCUUAUUGCCGGAGCUUCUGGCGGAUAUCAUAGCCCGCGUCGAAUCGGCUGAAGAUAAAUGGCCGCUGCGUCGAAACGUCGUCGUAUGUGGUUGUGUUUGUAAGAGGUGGAGAGAUGUUACUCGGGAGAUUAUUAAGUCUCCUCUUUCUACUGCCAAGAUCACCUUCCCUUCUUGCCUUAAGCAGCCAGGGCCGCGUGACGUCCCUCUCCAGUGUCUUAUAAAGCGGGACAAGAGGAACUCUACGUUCUAUCUCUAUCUCUCUGUAUCACCAUCAUCAUUUUCAGAGAGGGGGAAAUUUCUCUUAGCCGCAAGGAGAUAUAGGCGUGGUGCCCACACUGAGUAUAUCAUAUCGCUUGAUGUUGAUGAUCUAUCUCAAGGAAGUCAAGCGUAUGUUGGGAAGUUAAGCUCGGAUUUUCUUGGGACAAACUUCACAAUAUAUGACAGCCAGCCACCCCAUGAUGGAGCAAAACCAUCGAGUAGCAGAUCCACUCGUCGGUUUGCAAGCAAACAAAUAAGCCCCCAAGUAUCUGCUGGGAAUUUUGAAGUUGGACAAGUAUCAUACAAAUUUAACCUGUUAAAAUCAAGAGGUCCUAGAAGGAUGAUUUGUUCCCUUAAAUGUCCUGGACCAGUAGAGACAUCCUUGGAUCAGAAGGAAGAUGCCAAGAUUAAGUUAGCUGAGAUAGAUUCUAGUUACACAGUUCUUAGGAACAAAGCACCAAGGUGGCAUGAACACUUGCAAUGCUGGUGCUUGAAUUUUCAUGGCCGGGUAACAGUAGCUUCGGUCAAGAACUUUCAACUUGUAGCUACGGUGGAUCAAAGCCAACCUGGUGGAAAAGGUGAUGAAGAGGUUGUUCUCCUUCAGUUUGGUAAGGUAGGAGAUGACACUUUCACCAUGGAUUAUCGUCAGCCACUCUCUGCCUUCCAAGCAUUUGCAAUUUGCUUAACAAGCUUUGGAACCAAACUUGCAUGCGAGUAAAUUGCCUGCCUUCUUUCCUGCUUUUAUCCAUGAAUUGGUGUCCAUAUAUGUUAAAAUGUAAGUGUUUUUUUUUUUUUUUUUUGACAACAAAAAGAAAAAGAAGAAAAGAGCAGAAGAAAAAAAAAGGGAAAUUAAGAUUUUCAUUCUCUGUUAUUCCCUCUUUUCUCCUUUUUCGUUCCGAUAUCUGUAAUUUCCUUUUAACAUUUUCUUGGUUAGGUGAAGGAUUCUGUAAAUGCCCGUUGCCGCUAUUAGAACUUGUAUCUAUACAACUCCCAUCCAUAUUAUAGUAUUAAAAGUGUUGAAUAUAUAUCAUUCUCUUCUA